AAUGCCUGUCUCUCACGCACAGGGAGUGAGUCGUGCCUGGACGCUCUUUCUGUUCCAGCAGAUGUUGAGGUCAGUAAUGGCAACAAGGAGGUAGAUCAUCAUCCAGGAGGUCCUGAGGAGGCAGAACCGCGUAGUGUAUUGGGCAGAAGGUCCAAAGAGUACGUUGCCCAGCAUCCUUGCCAAGGGGAAGCCUGCGAGGACCAACACAGUUUGGAAAGGAAUCAGACAAGCCGUCCAGAGAAGAGGCAAGGGAAAUCUGAUCUGGCUGAAAGGGAAUAUAAAGACCUCCUCACCCACCCUCCUUGCCACAAAAAGGAGAAGGCCUACAAAUGUCUGCAGUGUGGGAAAAGCUUCUACCAGAGCGCGGCCCUCAUUCGACACCAGUUAAUCCACUCAGAAGACCAACCCUACAAGUGUCCUGACUGCGGGAAGACCUUCACGCAGAGCUCACACCAGGUGUACCACCAGGGGACCCACACAGGACAGCGACCCUACCGAUGUGGAGAGAACUUCAACCAGAGCUCACAUUUGGGGUACCACCAGAAAACCCACGCCAGGGAGCGACCCUAUGAAUGUGAGGAGUGCGGGAAGGGCUUCUACCAGAGCUCGCACUUUGUUUACCACCAGCGCAGCCACUGGGGAGAGCGACCCUACCGGUGUUGGGAUUGCGGUAAGAGCUUCUGCCUGAGCUCCAACCUUCUCACCCAGCAGAGGAUCCACACUGGAGAGCGACCCUAUCAAUGCCGGGAGUGUGGGAAGGGCUUCUACCAGAGCUCUCACUUCGUGUACCGCCAGGGGACCCACACGGGCGCGCGGCCCUACAAAUGCCCCGGGUGUGAGAGGAGCUUCAGCCUGAGCUCCAACCUUCUGAAGCAUCAGAAGAUCCAUGUGGGAGACAGACCCUACAAAUGCAGCCAGUGUGGGAAGAGCUUUGGUCUGAACUCGAACCUGAUCAAGCAUCAGAGGGUCCACACAGGAGAGAAACUUCAUCUCUGCGCCGACUGCGGGAGGAGCUUCCGGUGGUGCUCCGCGCUCAUCCAGCACCAGAGGACCCACACGGGGGAGCGGCCCUACAAGUGCACCCAGUGUGGAAAGUGCUUUAGUCAGAGCUCCAACCUGAUCCAGUAUCGACGGAUCCAUGUGGACGAGGGACCCGAUUCCCCUCCUUAA